GAUGGAAUGGUCCCAGCCCGAAAUUAAAGGUGAUUUGGUGACUUCAAGGGCAGGUCAUGCUGGUGUCACCAUUGAUGAAAACUGGUACAUAGUUGGUGGUGGAGAUAAUAAAAGUGGUGCCACAGAAACUCUCAUGUUAAAUAUGUCUAAGCUUGCCUUGUCAGUCUUGACAAGUGUAAAGGGAAGAGAUCCGUUAGCCAGUGAGGGGCUCAGUGUCUGCUCAGCACUUGUGGAGAGCGAGAAUAUUUUGGUUGCCUUUGGUGGCUACAACGGAAAAUAUAAUAAUGAGGUAUUUGUUAUGAGGCCCAAACCAAGGGACUCUGCACAACCCAAGAUUUUUCAAUCACCAGCUGCCGCAGCAGCAGCAGCUUCUGUUACUGCUGCAUAUGCCCUAACCAAAUCUGAAAAGUUGGAAUUUACCCACCUAGAAGAUUCAAAUCCUAAGUUAGUCCAAGUUAAUAGCUUCCAGCGGGAUCUUUCAGCUGAAAUCAAUGCAAUUAGAGAGGAGAAAAAGGUGUUGGAAUCAUCACUUGCUGAAGUCAAAUCAGAAAAUUCUGAUCUCAUGGCUAAGAUUGAUGAAACUAAGAAUACUUAUGCUGAAUUGUCCAAGGAACUCCAAUCUGUUCAAGGGCAACUGGUAGCUGAGAGAUCAAGAUGUGCUAAACUGGAGGCACAGAUCUCAGAGCUACAGAAGACGCUGGAGUCAAUGCCGUCCAUAGAGCAAGAGGUUCAAUUACUCCGGAGACAGAAAUCUGCAUUGGAACGUGAUAUGGAGCGUGCUGCACCAGUCCAGAGACAAAGUUCUGGUGGCGUUUGGAGGUGGAUAGGUGGAUAGUGGGGAAACUUGCAACCCAUUGAAUUUGCAAGGUCAGUACCUCAAACUUAUAAUGUGUUACCCGGCAAAAGUAAAAUUUUCAGCGGCCGGGACUUUUGUGAAGCAACAGCUGAGUGCAGUCUUGCCCUUCUUUCUUGGUAGAGGGUGUGAAAUUCAUAUUUUUAGUUGCUUUAUACAACCAACUCUUUCUUUUAUACAUAGCUUCCGUGGUGUGUGUAAUAGCAACUAAUCAAUCAUGUAACAUUUGUGACCUUUUUUGUACCAUAAUUCAUUUGAUUUGUUUUUUGGGACUAAAUUUUAUUUAGUUGGUCUUGAAUAACAUUUCUAAACUUAACCACUUGGAUAUAAUCUGGUGUUCUUGUGUCUCAAUGGAAG